AUGGAGAAUUACCAAGGUGAUUUAACUGAUAUUCUUAGAGCUGGCAGUGCUGCUACUUCCGCCGCAGGAGCUUACCAUUCUGAUCAUCUUCUUCAUCAUCAUCAUCAUGAACCUGAAGCCGCCGCCGACAGCUGGCACUUCCCAUCUGACCAUCCUCCUCCCAUGAAAUUUUCCUCAGCGUCCUCAGCCAUGGAGGAGGAGGAAGAAGAAGAUUCCAAGGACAAUUUUGGCGAUCCCUUUUCAUCCUACAUGCGCGAUCCACUUCUUCAUGAACUGGACAUAUCGUCCAGCUCCAGCUUUUUCAGCAGCCCCAAUUCCUCAUCAGAUAUGAAUAUUAACAUCACUUCUGUGGAUGAAGCUGGCGGUACAAGUAGCACUUUUGGCGGUGCACAUAUAGUUCUUGCUCCUCCUCCUCCUCCACCUCAUCACCACCAUCUUCAUCAUCAUCAACAAGGUGGUGUUGUUGAUGGGGAUCCAAUAAAGAGGCCUUGCAACAUAUUCUCGCGGAUGCUUCAGAUCUCUCCGAGUGCAAAGGUCCCUGUGACGGCAUGUGACUCGCCGUUGCUGGGUGCAGCAACAGCAGUGUCGUCUCCACGGGGAAUUAGUAAGGCGGUGUCUGGUUCGAUAUCUGGUGCCAUGGUUGGAAGCGACAUGAUUAUUAAUGGGAACAGCUCAUCAGGAAAAGGUUGCUUGCUCGAGAACGCCGGGGUGCAGAUCUCAUCUCCACGGAAUCCGGGCAUCAAGCGAAGGAAGAGCCAGGCAAAGAAGGUUGUGUGCAUUCCAGCGCCUGCGGCGGCAAACAGCAGGCCAACUGGAGAAGUAGUUCCAUCUGAUCUGUGGGCAUGGAGAAAGUACGGUCAGAAACCCAUCAAAGGUUCACCUUAUCCAAGGGGUUACUAUCGAUGCAGCAGCUCAAAGGGUUGCUCAGCAAGGAAACAAGUAGAGCGUAGCCGGACUGAUCCAAACAUGUUGGUCAUCACUUACACUUCUGAACACAACCAUCCCUGGCCAACUCAGAGAAAUGCUCUAGCUGGCUCAACGAGAUCCCAGCCAUCCAAAAACGGUGCCGGUUCGAAGACCUCUUCCAAUAGUUCUCAUCAGCCUCAUCAGAAGCCAGCAAGCCCUACAAAGGAAGAACAAAAUGAGACCAUGAAUGAUAAUAAUCAUGUGUCUCCAGUUAUCACUGCUGGGAGUGCUUCAACAGUGAAAGAAGAAUUUGAGGACAUUGAGAAGCAAUUGAAGCUUGAUCAUCAUCAAUUCAACGGUGAUCAUCAAGCAGGGUUUCCUUAUAGACCAUCAAUGCCUGAUGAUCAGUCCAACCAGUCUCAUCACAAUGAGGACUUCUUUGCUGAUUUAGGAGAAAUUGAGGCUGAUCCACUAAAUCUCUUGUUUUCACAAUGUUUCACAGCAGAUGAGCAGCAAAAGGGAAGCAAGGCUGCAGCCUUGGAUCCAUUCAAUCUCUUUGAUUGGUCUGGGGAUCAAAACACCAACAACAACAACAACAACAACGCCACCUCAUUUGGUGAAGCAGCUAAGAGGCGCUUAUAA